AUGGCCUAUAGGGUCCUGGGCCGCGCGGGGCCACCUCAGCCGCGGAGGGCGCGCAGGCUGCUCUUCGCCUUCACGCUCUCGCUCUCCUGCACUUACCUGUGUUACAGCCUCCUGUGCUGCUGCGACGACCUCGGCCAGAGCCGCCUCCUCGGAGCGCCUCGCUGUCUCCGCGGCCCCAGCGCAGGGGGCCAGAAACUUCUCCAGAAGUCCCGCCCCUGUGAUCCCCCGGGGCCGACGCCCAGCGAGCCCAGCGCUCCCAGCGCACCCGCCGCGGCGGUGCCCGCCCCUCGGCUCUCCGGUUCCAACCACUCCGGCUCCCCGAAGCUGGGUACCAAGCGGCUGCCCCAAGCCCUCAUUGUGGGGGUGAAGAAGGGGGGCACCCGGGCCGUGCUGGAGUUUAUCCGCGUGCACCCGGACGUGCGGGCCUUGGGCACGGAGCCCCACUUCUUCGACAGGAACUACGGCCGCGGGCUGGACUGGUACAGAAGCCUGAUGCCCCGGACCCUCGAGAGCCAGAUCACACUGGAGAAGACGCCCAGCUACUUCGUCACUCAAGAGGCCCCUCGACGGAUCUUCAACAUGUCCCGAGACACCAAGCUGAUCGUGGUGGUGCGGAACCCAGUGACCCGCGCCAUCUCCGAUUACACCCAGACGCUCUCCAAGAAGCCGGACAUCCCCACCUUCGAGGGCCUGUCCUUCCGCAACCGCACGCUGGGCCUGGUGGACGUGUCGUGGAACGCCAUCCGCAUCGGCAUGUACGUGCUGCACCUGGAGAGCUGGCUGCAGUACUUUCCCCUGGCUCAGAUCCACUUCGUCAGCGGCGAGCGGCUCAUCACUGACCCGGCGGGUGAAAUGGGGCGGGUCCAGGACUUCCUGGGCAUUAAGAGGUUCAUCACGGACAAGCACUUCUACUUCAACAAGACCAAAGGAUUCCCUUGCUUGAAAAAAACAGAAUCGAGCCUCCUGCCUCGGUGCCUGGGCAAAUCGAAAGGCAGAACUCAUGUACAGAUCGAUCCUGAAGUCAUAGACCAGCUCCGGGAAUUUUAUAGACCUUAUAAUAUUAAAUUUUAUGAAACUGUUGGGCAGGACUUCAGGUGGGAAUAAGCCACCAAGAUGCAAAGGCUCUUCUGCUGUCUCUUCCCUGAGGUUUGCCCUUAGAGACUAUGACCCUCUUCCCCGAGCAAACCCAGCCUCCAGCCUCCUUUCCCCACCUUGGGUUCCAUCAUCCUGGAACCAGGAAGCCCAGCUAAGGCCAAGAAUCCAGGGGUGCCUGCCGCUAGGUCUCCCAAGUCUGUCCAGGCAAAGUUGAUCCGCUUCUGGCAUGUCCAGUCAAUUCUGAAUCAUUUCCCUUUGGCCCGUAACAGGCCUUGGGAAAUUG